UUUAAGACGGUUGAAAAAAUAAAAUCAAAAGCCUACGCGGAUUACAGUAGAACGAGAUCAUCGCUGCAUAGCAGAAUUUUUUUCGAUGCACUGAACAAUUAUCGUCGACAUAAUCGUGUGCUCUACCGCUCCUUCAUUCGCCGUACUGAAAGGCAGCUAUUUUCUAAGCCGACACGGUUCUGGAGCUUCUGGAACAAACGGCGCAAUAUAAGAAGUAUCCCUCCGUCAAUGAGCUACAAUGGCCAAACUAGUAUCGAUACAUCCGAUAUUUGCAACACUCUCGCCAAUCGUUUCGCUGAUGCAUUCACCCUUCCUGUUCUCAAUCCUAACACACUAGCAGAGGCCACCCGCAAUACUCCAUCGGAUGCUAUCGAUUUUAUUAUACCCACAAUUGACGAAGCAUUAAUUGCGCGCACACUCAACGAUAUAAAACCAUCUACAUCAUCUGGACCUGACAAUAUUCCCGCAUACAUUUUGAAGCACUGCCGUCAAUCACUCGCACCCAUUCUUGCCAAAAUAUUUAAUGAUUCCCUUAUGCGUGGCACGUAUCCUGAGUCCUGGAAACACGCGCGAAUGAUUCCUAUCCAUAAAAAAGGCAGUCGACUUCAUGCUAGUAAUCCAUGGCAAUCCCACCACGCUCGGCCCACCUACCAUCAGCGGUGUCUGCUUCUCGGACUUGAACCACUCUGCUCUCGACGUAAAAACGCCCAAUGCCUUUUCAUAUUUCGGCUCCUUAACGGAGAGAUCGAUUCCCCGGCAUUACUAGCCAGCAUCAAUUUGUUCGCUCCCUGUCGGAUUCUUAGAUCCAAUUUCCAUCUCCGUGUACCGCGUACCCGCAACAACCAUAGCCAGGGACACCCUAUUAUACGUAUGUCCCUCGAGUUCAAUGAAGUGUUAGAUUUGUUCGAUUUUAGUAUGUCUACUUCCACGUUCAAGGAGAAAUUGCGUCUACGUCACAUGUAA